AUCGAAUUAGCUAGCUAGCCAAACCUUUGGCUUUUCUUGAUCUCCCCGGCCAUAAUUCGUUGACAUGAUGAAUCAUGAUUGUAGUACGUACAUGCACCAUUUUCUGUUCUUGAUCCUAGCUAGCUUAAUUAGUCGAUCAUAUUGAUCCUGUUAUUUCUUCAAUGGCAUCGAUGAGAGAGUAAAAAACUCAUGCAAUCAAAAGUACUACCUUACCUUCUACUUAUAAUUUGUGAUCGCACGGCCGCGCCGGGCAUCAUCUUCAGGCUGCACAAAUGCUAAUGGGUGCGCGCUGGGCUAGGCUUAUGCGCGCACCAAGCCCUCAUGCAUUAUUAAUCUUCGCCCUCGCUCAUGUCGUGAUGCUAUCCUUUACGGCCAUGAAAUCUUUUGGUGCAUCAGACACGGAGAUCCUCAUGAAGUUCAAGGAGUCAUUAGGGCAUGCGAAAGCUUUCGACAACUGGGAUCCUAAUGUCAGCCCUUGUGAAGGAAACAGGGGACGUUGGGUGGGUGUAAUUUGUUUGAAUGGGAAUGUACGUGGUUUGCAGCUCGAAAACGAGGGAUUGAUGGGUACGAUAGACGUGGAUUCUCUUGUUUCUUUGCGUCACUUGAGGACAUUGAGCUUCAUGAACAAUACACUUGCAGGUCCAAUGCCUGAUAUCAAGAAACUCAGUGCAUUGAAAUCUGUGUAUUUGUCGUAUAACCAUUUCUCUGGAGAGAUUCCGGAUGAUGCCUUUGAGGGUAUGAGUUACUUGAAGAAAGUGUUUUUGUCAAAUAAUGAGUUUACGGGUAGGAUUCCUUCAUCCCUUCUUGACUUGCCUAGGCUUAUGGCGCUGACACUUGAUGAAAACAAAUUUGAAGGCCAAAUACCCAGUUUUGAACAGAAGAAUUUGAAGAAGUUUAAUGUCUCUAACAAUGAUUUGGAGGGUCCAAUCCCUGUCAGCUUAAGCAUGAUGGACUCGAAUUGUUUUUCAGGUAACCAAUAUCUUUGCGGGCCUCCUCUGGAAUCAUGCAAAUACCGCAGUACAAGGCUACCAGUUUCAAGAUUUGCCCUUAUUGUGGUCCUCACAGGGUUCCUUAUAGCAGUGAUUAUUGGAGUACUAAUUUACUUCAUAUUCUACAUGAAAAUGCAACCAUCACCAUUAAUAGAGCGAACAUCGACGUCGUUGAAAGACAAAAACAGGUUUAACGUUGCUUCCUAUCGACACCAAGAUCAAGUACUAGUACAGGAAGAAAGACAGCCAGAGAUCAGCAGUAGUAGUACUGGGAAUACGAGGAAAGUCGAGCAUGCGCCGAAGUUGUCGUUUGUUAGGGAUGACAGAGAGAGGUUCGAUUUGCAUGACUUGCUCAGAGCCUCAGCUGAAAUUUUGGGUAGCACAACAUAUGGAUCUUCAUACAAGGCAAGGAUAAUGGGCGGGCAAUCCUUGGUGGUAAAAAGGUACAAGCAAAUGAACAGUGUGGGAAGGGAAGAGUUUCAAGAGCACAUGAGAAGGCUGGGAAACUUGAGUCAUCCAAACUUGCUGCCUCUUGUGGCACAUUAUUAUAGGAAAGAGGAGAAGCUGUUAAUUUCAGACUUUGUUGAGAACGGUAGCUUAGCUAGUGCCCUUCAUGGCAAUCAUAGUGAAGACAAGCCUGCACUUGACUGGCUGACUCGUUUGAGAAUAAUCAAAGGCGUGGCCAGGGGUUUGGCUUACCUAUAUGAUGCAAUCCCAACCCUAGUCUUGCCCAAUGGACAUCUGAAAUCCUCGAACGUGCUUCUAGACAGAUCCUUCAAUCCUGUCAUGACUGAUUAUGCUCUAGCCCCAGUGAUCAGCCUAAAUCUUGCCCAACGAACCAUGAUAGCUUACAAAUCACCAGAAUACGCGAAACACGGCCGCAUAACAAAGAAGACCGACGUAUGGAGCUUUGGGAUACUAAUCCUGGAGAUUUUAACGGGAAAAUUUCCAGAGAACUAUCUCAUGCAAGCUCAUGAUCGUAAUGCAGAUUUAGCUAGUUGGGUCAACACAACGAUCAAGGAAAAGAAGACGAAUGAAGUGCUUGAUUCAGACAUGGGGGGAGUGAAGAACAGUAAGAGUGAACUUCUAAAGCUUUUGAAGAUUGGAUUGAGUUGUUGCGAGGAGGAUGAGGAGAGAAGGUUGGAUAUGAAGGAGGCUGUGGAGAGGAUUGAACAGUUGGAGGGAGAAAGCGCGGGUAAAUAUGCUUCAAGUGUUGCCAUUAAUGGUGGGGAUGUAUAUAGCUUGGGUGUGUAAAACAUGGAGAGUAAGUAGUCCGAUCCUUCCUCUUCAACGUACGUACUGGUCAUAUUUGUACAGAUAUAUAUAUUGACCUACGAAAGUACAUAAAUCUUGAAGGGACACAUAUAUAUAUAUAUA